ACUUGGUGGGAAUUUCAGUAUAUGGAAAACUGUGUUCCAGCUGGUGUGAAUCCAGAGGUCUUAGUAUAGUAUUGGGACCAAAAUAUCGUGUCAGACAGCUGAGGACUCCCAGAAUCCCAUGGGUUUCUAAAUUACAUUUGCCCAGGAGCACCAUGGCCCAUGUUGUCUUGAUUCCUGGGUUCUGUUGCCGUACUGUGGGAGCCAUCUGCACUCAGGCUGCUUCGUGGAGAUCGACAGCCAGCACUUUGCGUCACCUUACUCUAACCAGCAUAAUGAAAUCCAAAAGGAAAACUGACCACUUGGAGAGAACUGCAGGUGCCCUCCGACGGGAGGUCGUGGCUGCGGCUAAGGUGUGUGAAAUUGCCCAUGAGUCUCCGUCAGUGAAGAGCCUUCGCUUGCUUGUCCCCGAUAAAGACUUCUCCUUUAAGGCUGGCCAGUGGGUUGAUUUCUUUAUCCCAGGAGUCUCAGUCGUUGGUGGGUUUUCAAUUUGCUCCAGUCCCCAACUGCUAGAACAAGAGAGAAUAAUAGAAUUGGCAGUGAAAUACACAAACCACCCUCCCGCUGUCUGGGUUCACAAUAAGUGCACACUUGACUCCGAAGUGACUCUCAGAGUGGGUGGAGAGUUCUUCUUUGACCCUCAGCCCACAGAUGCCCCUCAAAACCUCGUGUUGAUUGCUGGAGGGGUCGGGAUUAACCCCCUGCUUUCCAUCCUGCGCCACUCAGCAGAUCUCCACCGAGACCAAGCAGACAAAGGAAGUCGCUGUGAGAUAGGAACAAUAAAACUGUUCUACAGUGCAAAGAACACCAGUGAACUCCUGUUUAAGAAAAAUAUCCUCGAUUUAGUAAACGAAUUUCCUGAGAAGAUUACUUGCAGUUUGCAUGUUACAAAACAGAUGACACAAAUCAGUGCAGAACUUAAGCCAUACAUCACAGAAGGAAGAAUAACAGAGAAGGAGAUAAGAGACCACAUUUCAGCAGAGACUCGGUUCUACAUCUGUGGCCCGCCUGCGAUGACUGACUUUUUCUCUAAGCAACUGGAAAACAGCCAUGUUCCCAAGGAACACAUUUGCUUUGAGAAGUGGUGGUAGGGAGCCGGCACAGAAGAACUGAGAGCCAUUCAGGAGAGUAAGACUCUGUUUCGGGUUUGUGGGUUUGCCUCCAUCUGAGCUGUCUUUUUUUAAAGCUGUGGAACUAAGUGUCCAACCCAAGACUGAAAGAAAAAACAGCAGCAGAUUUACACAAUAAACUUGCUGUGGACUUCAUUGGUCAAGCUA